GAAAUGUAUUUAAUUUUCUUGCUUUCAAGACCACAAAGUAACAUAUGGUCCCUCUUCCACACACGACAACACAACUAUACAGACAAAGAAAAAACACAAAGAAUCAAUCAACAAGAAAAUGGACAUCACCCAAAGCCUACUUCUCUCCUUUCUCUUUCUCGUUAUCUCUAUCAAACUCUUGCUCACAAAAUCAAACCGGAACGUUAAUCUUCCUCCUUCUCCGGCUUAUCCUCUACCGGUUAUCGGCCACCUCCACCUCCUCAAGCAACCUGUCCACCGAACAUUCCUCUCCAUCUCCCAGUCCCUUGGAAAUGCUCCUAUCUUCCACCUCCGCCUCGGAAACCGCCUCGUUUACGUCAUCUCUUCACGUUCUAUCGCCGAAGAAUGCUUCACCAAAAACGACAUCGUUCUUGCGAACCGUCCUGAUAUUAUCAUGGCCAAACACGUCGGGUACAACUCCACCAAUAUGAUUGCAGCUCCUUACGGCGACCACUGGAGGAAUCUCCGCCGCGUCGCCGCCGUCAAGAUAUUUUCUUCUCAUAGGAUCAGUACGUUUAUGUCUAUCCGUAAAGACGAGAUCCGACGGCUCAUUACACUUCUCUCUAGAGACUCCUUACACGGAUUUGUUGAAGUAGAGUUGAAAUCAUCAUUAGCCAACUUGGUAUUCAACAACAUCAUCAUGAUGGUAGCAGGGAAGCGAUAUUAUGGUUGCGGUACAGAAAACAACGAUGAAGCAAAGCUCGUGAGGGAACUUAUAUCGGAGAUUUUGACCGGCGCCAGUGCUGGAAAUUUGGCUGAUUAUCUUCCGAUCAUAAAUUGGGUCACAAAGUUUGAGCAACGAACCAUAAGUUUGGGGAAUCGACUCGAUAAGUUUCUGCAAAAAUUGGUUGAUGAGAAACGUGCGGAGAAAGAAAAGGGUCAAACUUUGAUCAAUCACUUGCUUUCUUUCCAAGAAACCCAACCUGAGUAUUACACUGAUGUCAUCAUCAAAGGAAUCAUACUUGCUCUUGUAGUUGCAGGAACAGACACGUCAUCAACAACACUAGAAUGGGCAAUGUCAAAUUUGUUGAACCAUCCUGAGAUACUCAUGAAAGUGAGAGCCGAGAUCGAUGAUAAGAUCGGUUCGGACCGGUUAAUCGAGGAAUCAGACAUUGUGAAUCUUCCUUAUCUGCAAAACACUGUGUCGGAAACGUUACGUUUAUAUCCUGCGGUUCCGCUGCUACUCCCUCAUUUCUCAUCGGAUGAAUGUAAAGUGGCGGCCGGCUAUGAUAUGCCACGCGGCACGAUGUUAUUAACAAACGCAUGGGCUAUGCACAGAGAUCCAGAUUUAUGGGAAGAGCCGGAAAGGUUUAAGCCGGAGAGAUUCGAGAAAGAAGGAGAGGCUCAAAAGCUAAUCCCAUUUGGGAUGGGACGACGAGCUUGUCCUGGAGCCGAGCUUGGGAAGCGGUUAGUAACCCUUGCUCUUGGGAGUUUGAUUCAGUGUUUUGAGUGGGAGAGAGUUGGUGAAGAACUCUUGGACAUGACUGAAGCCGAAGGCAUCACUAUGCCUAAAGCUACUCCGCUGCGAGCUAUGUGCAAGACACGUGUCGUUGUCAGUAAAGUGGUAUAAAUAGAUGUUGUGUUCAAACUUCAAACACGUAAAAUAAAGUCUUUUUACAUCCCACGUGUUGAUUCCUAGAAAUAUGAACGUUGUGAAGAAAUAAAUCAGUCAUCAGUGUUUUGUACUA